CACAUUUCUACUAGAAAGAAUGUGACAGUCCAGACCUGAAGUCUGUGGAGAAACCGUUGAUUUGUGUUUCUUCUAGUCCAGAUCAAAAAGAUGGACCCUGAACCUGAAAAGCCACUGGAGGUGGCAGCACUUGGCCGACCAUUCAGCCUGGGGAUGCUGUAUGACUGUCGCAAAGAUUCACUCAUCCCUGGCAUGACACUUUGGGACCGUAGUGACCUUGACAAACAUAUUGGAGAAAGACCGCAGAACUACAGUGAUUUUGAGAUAGUUGCCUCUGAAUCGAUUGAUGAUAAAUCCUCUGCACUAGAAAUUGAAGCAUCAUUGAAGGCAAGUGUAUUGAGUGGACUGGUACAGGUUGAUGGAUCAGCCAAGUACCUGAAUAACACUAAGACUUCCAAAAAACAAGCCAGAGUUACACUGAAGUACAAAGCAACUACAAAGGUCAAAGAACUGUCGAUGGAUCAUCUUGGAAGACGACAUUUGAAGUAUCCAGAUGUUUUUGAGAAAGAAAUAGCUACACAUGUAGUCACAGCAAUUCUUUAUGGGGUACAAGCCUUCUUCGUUUUUGACCGUGAUGUUUCUCAAAACGAAAAUCAACAAGAUAUUGAGGGAAACCUGAAGGUGAUAAUCAAGAAGAUUCCAUUCAUUGUUAGAGAGGGUGAAGGCGCACUUAAAAUGGAGAAACAGGAGAAGGCAAAUGCAGAGAAAUUCUCCUGCAGGUUCUUUGGAGACUUUUCCCUCCUAAAAAUGCCCACAUCCUUUCAGGAUGCAAUACAAGUCUACCAAAGUCUGCCUAAACUGCUUGGAGUAAAUGGAGAAAACGCAGUACCAAUGAAGGUCUGGCUUCUUCCACUGACAACUCUGGAUUCAUCUGCUGCUAAACUUGUUCGUCAGAUAAGUGUAAGUUUAGUUCAGAAAUUACAGACUGUCCUAGAGAGCUUCAGUGAGCUAGAAAUGAGAUGCAAUGACAUUCUGAACAUCCCCAUAGCACAGCAGUUCUCAGAGUUUGGUAAAAAGAUCGAAACUUUCAAACAGAUGUGCUCCGAAUUCAAACUGCAGUUCCAGCAAACACUGGCAGAGAAACUUCCAUCAAUCCGAGGAGGAGGAGAAGAAGAGUCUGUACUUGCAGAGAUCCUGAGUAAAAUAGAGUCUUCUCCUUUCAACAGCAAAAACCUGAAUGAAUGGAUGGACUGUAAAGAGAAAGAAAUCUGGCUUGUAAAAUCUUUUACAAACAUGAUAAAAUACAUCAAAGUUGUUCCAUCCCAAAAAGUUCACGAGGAAAUUUUCAGUCCUGAACAUGCUGUCUGUUUUGUGUUCACCUCACUGGAAAUUGAUGAACCAUACCUCUGCUCUUUGUCAAACUACCUGAAACAACCAGACAACCCUCAUGAUCCACAUACACAGGAUUUAGAGAGGGAACAAUGGUACUUCUCCCAUGAAGUGACAGAGUCAAUGAGGAAAAAAGCAAAGCUCAUCAGUGACUUUGCAGAGGCCAACCAGGAGAACAAGAGCGUAAAGUUUCUGACAGUUGGAAUAACAAAUGAGAAACAGAAAGGUGCAGCCAUCUACCUUUAUGAACAUGGGCGUCUUGUCACUGAGAAUUUUGAGCCACCGUCAAAGCCUGAAACUGUCACAGUAAAGGACAUAAACCACAACAGUGUGACACUGAAGACUGAUCCACCGAAGUUUGGAUCAGAGAACAUCACCUCCUACUCUGUUGAGUACUGUGUCAGUGGAGAUGAAGAGGACGGAUGGAAACGACAGACAACAGCAUCAAAAACUCAAGAGUUCACCAUGAGUGAAACUCAGUGAAACACUGAGU